GGGGCCGCCAGUGCCAGGCAGGCGAGGGAACCGCCCGGCGCGUCCUUAACUCUCCGCCCAGCGCCCCGCCCCGCUCCACUCCCGGAGCCUGGGAAUAAAGUUCAGGGCCGGGCACGGGACGGGAACUCGCAGCGCGAGCACAGGGCGGCUCCCGCCUGCUCCGAGCGCCCGGCCAUGGCCUCCAGCGAGCUGGCCCAGAAGCUGCAGCGCCGGCUGCUGCUAGAGGAGAGCGACCCGCAGCCCGCGCCCGGCGGGGAGGAGGAGGCGGCGGCGGGCAGGGGGGCCGGGCAGGAGGAGGACGAGGAGGAGGAGGAGAGCAGGAGCUCCAUGCUCGCCAGCGCCGACUCGGAGCUGGGGGCCAAGCUGAGCCGCAGGCAGGACAUCAACGAGGGCACGGCCCGGCCCCGCCAGGCCAAGGUCUUCAACCCCUACACCGAGUUCAAGGAGUUCAGCCGGCGGCAGAUCAAGGACAUGGAGCGGAUGUUCCGACUGUACGACUCUGGGAAGGAUGGGUACAUAGACCUAAUGGAGUUGAAAUUGAUGAUGGAGAAGCUGGGAGCUCCUCAGACCCAUUUGGGCCUGAAAAACAUGAUCAAGGAAGUGGAUGAGGAUUUUGAUGGGAAGCUCAGCUUCCGUGAGUUUCUGCUGAUUUUCCAUAAAGCUGCAGCUGGAGAGCUGGAGGAAGACAGCGGGCUGAUGACUCUGGCAAAACUCUCUGAGAUAGAUGUUUCCACUGAGGGAGUUAAAGGAGCCAAGAACUUCUUUGAGGCCAAGGUUCAAGCCCUUUCUUCAGCUAGUAAGUUUGAAGAGGAGAUCAAGGCAGAGCAGGAUGAGCGAAAACGGGAAGAGGAAGAGAAGAAACACCGUCGGGCAGCAUUCAAAGAGCUCAAGUCUGCAUUCAGCCAGUAACCAUCCAUUCUACCAGUAGACUUCUUCUAAUUUGGUCUAUUUCCAUGAAUUGCAACUGUGCCUGGACUAUUUCCAUGAAUUGCAACUGUGCCUGGACAGUAUCUUCUGCUAGAGCUUGACCAUCCUUUCAAACUGAAGCUUCUAAAUCAGUUCCAAAGGAUACAGCUCUCACAACUACCAUGUGGUCAUACAGUGUGAACAAUGAGAACUGUGUACAUACUCAUCACUCUAAACUGUCAGGUAGUGCUUAAGUUCGUCCUAGUGCUGAAGAACCAAAUAGCAAAUCAUGGAUGAGCAAUGACAGUCAACUUUUCUUAAUCCAAAAAAAAAAAAAAAAGUCUCUCUGGUCUACCUUUUGCUCUUUGGUUUCUAUUCUUCAUAACCCUCCCGUUCCCCUUGAGGUAUUUUGUUUAUUUUCCAGGUAAGUAGUGAUGUCUUAGAGCAAAUCAGAAUGAACCAAGUACAGAUUACUUUUUCUGUUAUCGUGCACUAAACCUUAGCAGGAUCAUAUAUAUUUUACUUUGCUCUACUCUCCUUUCUCUGAGUCCAAAGGUUGUAGAGUCGGCAGGGCUAGGAAUGAAAUCAAUUGACAGUCACAUACCUUUUCUACUAGCCAAAAGAAUAACAGCAGCCUUCCAACUCUUUCUGUUGGAAAUGCUAUCUUGACAACUCUCCCAGUUGAAAAAAAAGCCGGACUUCUCUUAAGUAACAUCUUGCCCAGGAUGUAGGAGAAAUUAGCACUACUUUAAACAAAACAGAAAACUGAUGGAAGAUGAAAGAUCCAAAAAAAAUCAGUCUACUGUAUGGCCUCACUAAACUUUUUUAGGCUCUUCGAUUUAGGAGAAGCAAAUGGGUAUAUCUGUGUCUAUGAAAUAUUUCCUGCUGGGCAGCACAAUCGAAUGAUGCACAAUUCUUUCACCUCCAAGAAUCUUAUGUUCAUGAACUGAGGAUGUACGUGUCAAAGUGACUUUCAUGAAGUCAUUAUUCUACAAAACCAAUAUGGUACAAUGAGCAGUUUCUGCUCAGAAAGGGAAUAACAGAGAGGUUACAAAUCAAGAUUGUGGUGCAUUGGGCAAAUUUGAAUUUAGUAAACUUGCAUGAUACCCUUACCAUAGCCUAUGGUAUCCAUUUUUUAUGAACUCACAGGACUUGCCCACAAAUUUUUAAAAAAUUGCAGGUGCAUGUCUGUAUCUGCUGAAAGCCACCAAAAAGAGGAGGAGUCCUUCUUGCAAAGCCUCUCUGUAUGCAUUAAUGUUCUGCCUCUCUGUUGCCCAAAUUCCUUCUAAGACAAGACUCACAUCAGUGGUCCGUGAUGGAUCAUCUGUGUCUUCACCUGUCUGUCUUGCUGCUUAAGCUGUGAGCACUAAACUGUGAGUGUAGAAUAAUAAAUAGAAAGACCUCUAAUCUUUAAUGUCAGAUGGGAGAAUUGCUAAACAAUUAAACUAUGUAUAUAUCUCCACAGAUUAUAUUUUAUAAAUCACGCUUUUAGCUAAAUAUUUAUAAUUAAAUGUUUUAUUCUUUACAACCAAGCAGAUAACUGCAUCUACAACCAAGCAGAACUGCAUCUUCAAUUUUCUCCUAUUGCUAAAAUGUAUAAAUAAAACUUCCUUUAAUACCUCA